GCUCAGUGAAGACAGACAGUCAGCCGCAGACGACAGACAGCAGCAGACCCAGUGAAGGUGAUAAAGUGGACAGUUUCUGUGGGACAUCUGUUGGACUAUUAUACCGGGACAGCUCUGACCUGCCCCCCCCCCCGCCCUGCUCUGCUCCACGGUUCAACCUGUUUGUGUUUGAAGACUUUAUAAAGUUUGUGCUGAAGAGACAACAUGCUCAACCUCUGCUGCCUCGUGUUGAUUUUAUCCACCUCCGUCUUCUCAGAGUCGCAGGUGAGGGAGACGGAGACAUGGAUGCCCAUGAAGACCACACAGACGGCCGCCACGUCAACACAACGUGACACCCUGGAGGCAUCAGGAGACUCCCCGCACAGCUCAGACUUCCGCUUCACAGACGAUGAAGACGACCAAGAAUACUACGAGGAGGACGAUGAUGACUACGAAGACAUCGACGAAUUCUACGAUAACGAUGACGAGGAUGAGUACGACGAGUCCUCUGGAUCUGGUGACGGAGCAACAACAGAGUCUCCUGUAAGAGAGUCCAAGCCUUCAGCUAAGCCUGAUGUGAACGACAACAAGAUCCCAGAGGAGGGGCGCCCUGAGCAGCCGGCCGUCAACGAGGUGGAAAUCGUCCAGAACAGCAACGAAAUCCCCCUGCUGAAGAACGAGCCCGAGCCCGGCGAGGAGCUCCCGUCCAACGUCCUCAUGUCACACGCCAGCGACGACAGCAUCUUUAACAAGACGGAGGUCCUCGCAGCUCUGAUCGCGGGCGGCGCCGUCGGCCUGAUGUUCGCCGUUCUCCUCAUCCUCCUCCUCAUCUACCGCAUGAAGAAGAAGGACGAGGGCAGCUAUGAUUUGGGGAAGAAGCCCAUCUACAAGAAAGCCCCCACCACAGAGAUCUACGCAUAGACCCUGACCUCCUCCUCCCCCACUACCACACACACAAACACACACCUCACCCCCUUAAAAACCCAAUCAGUGCCUCAUCAUCAUCAUCAUCAUUAUACCUCCUCCUCCUCGCUUUUCUUCAGCGGAGUGACGCUUGAUAACGAAUCAGGAGAGAAGCCCCAACGACUCAAUCGAUUGACUGACUCCUCCUACCUGAUGCUAAUAUUACUGGUGCUCUCUCGACCAAUCAGAGGCUUUGUUGGUUCUGUCAAACAAGGAAAAGGAGCAACAGGAGCGGACUAUUUGAGCUGCGCUACACGCUGAUCGGUUUUUGUUCUUGUGUUUUUAUUAUUUUGUCCCCAUGUCAAGAGAGAAAAAAAACAACAGAACUUACAACUGAGGACUUGGAGAACUUUUUUUUACCUCCUCUUCCUCAUCGCUUCCCUUUCCUGUCUUAUUUUCCCACCUUCCAGUUAAACACUAACACUGUGCAAUGAUCUUUGUCUCGGUAUGGUACGCAUUUACAGUCCAGUUAUUUAUUUUCCCUCUCUGUUAUCCUCCCCGUCUUCCUGUCAACCUGUUUCUUGGACUGCAGCUCCUCACAUUACUGUAGCAAAUGACUUCUAUGUGAACAUUUUUAUUAGAUUUGUUUUUUAAAAAGCUCCUUGUAAUACAGAGAGAUAUCCGUUUGUUUUUUUUUCUAUUAAAGAUCCCUUCAUGCUGGGAAAGAAUUGAGUUCACGUUGUUCAAAUUGAUUUUGAUUGGAAACGUCACUGUUCAUGCUCUGUCAUCCGUUAGAACUGAUGUUAAUAAUUACAACAUUUGUUAAUUUUUAUCCUCGCACCGCCCCUAAAAGUACAGCGAGAGAAGAGAUCAUCAAACACGGGUCAAGAAGUAUUCGCAAAUCAUUGUUUCUGCCUGUCUUCAAACACCGUAACAUAAUGGUUCUGAGUUUGAGAAGAGUUCAUUAAAAUAACCUUAAAAGACUUUUUUUUUUUUUUCUUUAAACCUUCUGGCGUGUUUUGUAUCUGCUUGUGUGGGGAAAGUCCCGUCAGUCUGGCACGCAGCGCCAGAUAAGUGAGCUAAACUCCUCUGGAAGAAGAAUUUGCAAAUACUGUAUGACCCAGGUCACACUCACACACACACACACACACACACACACACACACUCACACACACACACACUCUCUUGCAUUGCAACGUGUUGUGCUUUGCUGCCUGUUUUGGAGAGUACUUCAAAAGCCUGGAAGAUGUUUUACCACUAUAAUAAUUACCGCUGUGCCUCCAGGGUUUGUUUUUCUGUUAUUAUGGUGAACUCGACUGGAGUCAAAGCAACAUGCUCCUACAGGGUGACACACCUACAUUCCUCUCUCUCACUCACACACACACACACACACACACACACACACACACACACACACACACACACACACACACACACACACACACACACACUCUCGGAGCUCGGUCAUGUGACAGACUGAACAGCGCCUGCAGCUGCUGACCCUCUUUCACUGUAACUUUUUAAGCUUAAAGGUCGGUUAGACGUUUUGGGGAAUUCGCUUUGUGGCCGAGAGCUGGACGAGAGCAUCGUUGCCACUCUUGAUAUCUGACGGUUAAAUAUGAAUUUAGCUUAGCUUAGCAUAAAGACUGGAAACGAAGGGAAGCUGCUAGCAUGGCUCGGUCAAACAACUUAAGACAUGAUUAUUAGGAGUUAACGAUACUGUACAUUAGCAAUAUAAUUCCAUUUUUAAAUGUCAGGUACUUUACUGUUAUGAAGCACUGAAGAUAAAUCUAUCUGAACUUUAAACAUUUGAGUGUCGAUACUUGGAGCUUGACACGAACGUGGUUUGUACGUUUUAAUUGAGCUCGUGAUAUCUCGUCAUCAAUUCCUCAUUUGAUGUGAUUAAGCACCAAAUUAUUUCUUGGCUCUGACAGAGCAGAGACUCCAGGAAGUUACUGCUCCCAGCCAAGAAACAGUCGCACACAUAAUCCCUUUUAAAAUGGAGAAAUGUCAGUUUUUUGUGCAGGCUAGCUGUUUCCCCCUGGUUGCAGUCAUUAUGCUAAGCUAAGCUAACCAGUUUCACAAUUUAUGGAUAGGUAUGAGAGUGAAGCGUUCCUCUUGACGCCCGACCUUUAAAGGUGCACACAUACUUCUUCAUCGACUUGUAAAAACAUUUUUUAAUAUAUAUAUAUAUAUUCAUGAAUCCAGUAAAUGUUGCUAUUUUUUUGUCCAAUGAAAAGAAAGCUCUGUGAUCGGAGAAACUGGUAGUUUUGGUACUUUCUGUUGUUUUUUUUUAAAUCAUGGGGUUGAUGCUUUCUCAAUAAGCUACACCGACAGUUUGUUGUUAGUUUUAUUUUCAUUAUGGGGUCUACGAGCACUCACUAAAGCCAUGAUGAACAGGUUGGAUGCUCACAUUUCUUAGAGACAGCAGCACACAGACUGCUCUGCCAAGGAUUUGUAUAUAGUCAUUAGAUAAAAAUAAUAAAGAGAAAAACCACAAAAAAAAAUAUAAACUUGGUACUUAGCCACAUCCUGGCAACAAAAAUAUCUACCAAAUAUUUAAAUGCCAAAUUGUUUUUCCUGUUUUCUUUGUGAUUGUUUUUCCCCGAGCAGUAACGUUCCUGUGAUUUACUGUAAAUGUAAAUGUUUUGAUACUACCGAUGCUAAUACUAACUCCUCUCGUUGUUGUUUUUUCCUCCAGUAGAUCAACUUGUUCCCUUUUUAUUUUUUUUGUAUUAAUUUAACUGUCAAAUUAUUUUAUUGCCUUCUUUCAGGUUGGGGUGUUUUCCCCCUUUUUAAGCUGUUGUAUAUGUGAUUUAAAAAAAGUUUUAUAUACACUAGUUUGAGAUUUUCAGAGGCAAAUAGUUUUGAAACUUUUUAUUUUGUAAGAGUUUCUAUUAUCUUUUUAGACUUCUUUUUUUUUUGUUGUUGUUUUUUUGCUUUUGUAUUUAUGUUUGUGUCUGUAGAAGGAUUGCUGGUGUUCAUCUCGUCGUUCAGGGGAUGUUGUGCUGAUGAGCCAUGUUGUCAGUAGCAGACCUGGGUUGAUUACAGUUGCUUUUUGAAUCUUUGUAGCCAAAAUGGAUAAAUUUGCUGACACGGAUAUUUGAGCAAUUCAAGGUCCCCCGUCUGCACGAGCUCCCACCCAGUUAUCGAAAUGUCUCGACACUGGUUCAAGGUCUUAUCUGAAGCUAAUCAGGAAAAUACUGAUGCAUGUUUCCUUAAAGAAUGUCUGCGAGUAUCAGCUGACCUCGACCUCAGACGGAGGAGAAACUCUGAUUAGAGAAACAAUUUCACUCGUCUAUUUUUAGGGAGUGAGAAUAUUUUCCAGGUCAGGAGAGAAAAAAUAAAUUGCAUAUUUCAAGUGUUAAUCAGCUCCAGGUCUGGUCAGUGAGCAUGGGAGAGAUACAUAUGUUCUGCUGCUUAAUGUCACCACAUGUGAAUCACCAAUGGAGUGAAGAAGCCAAUGAAUCAUUGGUUUCUGCAUGCAGGUUCUGAUUUAUUAUUGGAAAUAAAGCUAUUUUUAUGCACAUUAACAUUUUAAAA